CUUUACACAGGGAAUACAUUUCGUAUUCACCCUUCCUCUUCCUCGACUCGAUCUAAAAAGGAUGGGUUCCACUUUCUCCGAUCUGUUUCAUCUUGGCGGUGCGUGCGCCUCGCCGCCGGCCAAUCCCGGCCUGGGUGACAUGCCGGAGAGCUGCGUGGCGUCGGUGCUGCUCCAUCUUGACCCGCAGCAGAUCUGCCGGCUCGCGCCUCUCAAUCAAGCUUUUAGGGGCGCCUCCUCCGCCGAUUUUGUUUGGGAAUCGAAGCUUCCGCCUAAUUAUCCGUCUCUUAUCCAAAGGGUGUUUGCGGACGAGAUAUUUCUGGCAGAUUUGUGCAAAAGGGACAUUUUUUCCAAGCUCUGCUUCCCAAAUUCCAUCGAUGGCGGCUCAAAGAAAGUUUGGUUGGAUAAGAAUACAGGGAAGGCUUGUCUUUUGGUGGCUUCACACGGACUGUCCAUAACGGGCAUUGAUGAUAGGAGACAUUGGAGCCGAAUUCCAACCGAAGAAUCAAGAUUCAGUUCAAUUGCAUAUCUCCAGCAGACAUGGUGGCUUGAGGUGAACGGCGAGAUUGAAUUUCCCUUCCCUGUGGGGUCAUACAGCCUAUACUUCAGGCUGCACUUGGGUCGUGCCACCCGGAGAUUCUGCCGCCGAGUUUGCUGUACAGAGCACGUCCACGGUUGGGACAAAAAACCGGUUCAGUUCCAGCUGUCAACAUCCGACGGCCAGCAGGCAACGAAGCAGUGUUACCUGAACGAACCGGGGAGAUGGAUUUACCACCACGUCGGAGAUUUUACUGUGACUGGCGGUCCCGCCGAGCCGAUGAAGCUGACGUUUUCCAUGACCCAGAUCGACUGCACGCACACCAAAGGCGGCCUUUGUGUAGAUUCUGUACUUGUCUGUCCUGUCAACUCUGUCAAGAGAGGUUAAACGGCUUCCCCUCUCUCUCUCUCAUCUCUCUUUUAGCCCUCUUAUAUUUUAGUUUGCAAGGGUAAAAAAAGAAAAAGAAAAAGAAAGUCGGUUUGUUUGUAACAGUUAUGGCUCUCCUUUUAUAUAAGCCAUAAUAUAAUAUAGUAAAUGCACAAUGUAGUAGUGCAGAAGUUGGUCUAGGAUGGUGAUUAUAAGCUUUUGUUAAUCCGGAUAUAUAUAUAUGUGUUCAUGGCUAAGUAAGUUUUGUAUCUCAUCAGCAUUGGCUGAAUAUGUUGAUUGAAGGUGAACUGUUGAGGCGUUAUUAUGGCUUUUG